UGUCCAAUGAAAUGUUUGGAGUGGGCGGGGCUUCUGCUGUAAGUAAAAAGGCCUAUCAGGGUUUCGUGGACGCGGCCAUAGACUAAUGGAGGAAGGUCCUGAGACCACCCGGAGAGGGGGUACUAGUGACGUCAUGAGGGCAGGACGCAAUCUGAAAGCCUGGCUUCAGGAUCAGUACUGUGACCACCCUUCGGAUCAAUGCCAGGACACACGUUUACACAACGCAGCUUGUGUGGGAGACAUUGACACUCUGAGAACCCUGUUACAGGAUGAGCGUUUCCUGCGGUGUAUAGAUGAGCGAGCCGUGUGGUGCAGUGGUUGGCUGCCCUGCACUCCCUUGAGAAUUGCAGCCACUGCUGGUCAUGCGGACUGUGUGGCUCUUCUUAUCCACUUCGGGGCACAACUGGAGCUCGUAGAUGUUAAAGGACAAACGCCUCUGUAUGUAGCGACAGAAAAUGGACACUUGGAAUGUGUGCAAGUUCUUCUGAAAGCUGGAGCAAACCCCAAUGGCAGUCCUCAUAACCGAAGCUCUCCAGUGUACAAUGCUGCACGUGUAGGGCGUGCUGAUAUUUUACAUGAACUUAUUCAGUUUGGUGCUGAUGUUGACAUUGAUCACCAGCUGUUGUUUCGUGGUUCUGGCUGUUCACUUCGGUCUCUGGCCUCCAGCCCAUUGUAUAUCAGUGCAGCAUAUCACAAUGUGUCCUGCUUCUUCCUCUUACUUCAAGCGGGUGCUAAUCCAGAUUAUAACUGCUGGAACACUGAGUGUUUGGUGAACCUUCCACGAUCAGGACCAUCCUGUUUGCUAGAGGCUAUCUUGCGUCAUGGAUUCGACCAUGAAUUUGUGAAACUUCUUAAUGACUUUGGAGCAGAUCUGAAUUUGGUGCACGGUGUCCCAGCUGUGGAACAGCACCCACAAAUAAGUUUGAACCCCAGAGCUAUACAACUAUUCAAAGAGGCAAAAAGUUGUCCAAGGACCCUCUCCCAGAUGUGCCGUAUAACUGUGAGAAGGGCACUUGGAAAACACAGACUGUCCUCUGCCUGCAGGCUGCCUCUACCUCCCCGCGUCCUGAGCUUCCUUCUGUAUGAAGACACAUGCAACACCUGCACCUGAGGAAACCAAAAACACAUCACACUUAGGAAUGUGCUCCACGCUGAAAUCAUAUGAUGCAUGUUUCCUCUGCUGGGGGAACUUGUUUUCUUUGAGAGUGCCUUAUUGCUUAUUAUAAGUUAAAAAAAUUACACGAAGAUGCUCAUGUCACUGGUGAGUCACUAGAGAGUACAGAACAAAUGUCUUAUGGUAUUGCUGGAGCAGUCAAUAAUUACUUACUCCAAAAGUUGUAUGUAAGCGUGUGGCCUUGAGUGUAUUUUCUUCCUAGGCAUGACUUAUCUGUUUGACCUGCCACGUGCGUUCAUGCCUUACAUGCCUGCAUGCCACCAUUUUUUGUAUUAUUAAACUCAUUGUGGUUCUUUUAAGAAAACCAAGGAAAAGAAAGGUAUUGCACUAUAAUGUGGAAAUAACUAUUUAUUAUUUAAUCUGUAUCACCAGUGUAAAACCUUUUCUACAAGCAAUGCAUGUUUUUUUUUUUCUGUUUAUAUUCAGGGGAUAUAAACAUACUUGUUGUUUUCAUUUACUUGAUUAAGGAGGUUAAUUGGGAUAAAAGAAUAACCUGCUAAACCAACUUUAAUUUGUAGUUGAAGGAGAGGACACAAUUUUAAGGAGGUAUUUUAGCCUCUGUACAAGAAUAGAAAAACGAUUAACUGAAUGGGGGUGCUUAGAAUUGCUUUUAUGGUUAAUUUAUUAAUGAAAUCAUAUAUGAGUGGUAUUACGCUUUACAACGAUAAAGAAAAACAAACA